AUGGUUUUGGCCCAUAAUAUUAAUGAAGGGCAACGUACAUUAGACAUUCAUAUAAGUCAAGAUGUUUCUUUUGAUACUAUGCUACUUUCUUGUGAUACAAUAAAAGGGUUGAAGAAUUCAGGAUUUUAUAAGCCUUCACCGAUUCAGUUACAUGGUAUUCCUCUAGGAAAAUGUGGAUUUGAUUUAUUGUUAGAAGCCAAAUCUGGAACUGGAAAGACAGCUGUUUUUUCUGUAAUAGCUCUGGAAAAAUUAGAUCUUAGUAAAGGAUUGCAAGUCGUAAUACUUGCACCAACUCGAGAAAUAGCUAUGCAAAUAUAUGAUGUAUUAAAACAAAUUGGUGCAAGUUAUAAAGGUCUUUGUGUUGAAGUAGUAAUGGGAGGUCUAUCUAUUAAAGAUGAUAUUGAAAAAUUCACAAAGAAUGUCCAUAUAGUUGUUGGUAGCCCAGGACGCUUGAAACAUUUGAUACAAGAUAAAUACAUUAAUACAUCUGCAGUUAGAUUGUUAAUCCUUGAUGAAGCAGAUAAAUUGAUGGAAAAAAGUUUUCAGACAGAUAUAAAUUAUAUACAUUUAGCAUUACCAAAACAGAAACAGGUUAUAAUGAGCAGUGCAACUUAUCCUGAAAUGUAUAAGACAUUUUUAAAGAAAUUUGUCCAGAAUGCUCAACAUGUUUGUCCUAAUAGCAAUAGUAUUCUGUUGGGAAUUGAACAGAAAAUAACUUUAGUCAAAUAUAACAGUAAUAUAGUUAGACAAACACAAUAUAAAUUUGUAGAAUUAUUAAAAAUUUUAUCGAAUAGACAUUUUAAACAAUGUCUUAUAUUUUGUAACUAUCAAGCAAGAGUUGUCGAGAUACAUAAAAUGCUGAAAAGAGAAAAGUGGCCUGCGGAACAAUUAUUUGGGCAGCAAGAUCAAACAGACAGAUUAGAUGCUUUAAAAACUUUGCAAGAAUAUAAAUGUAGGUUAUUAAUUUCCACUGAUUUAGCUGCUCGUGGAAUAGAUGCUUCAAAUGUUGAUUUAGUUAUAAAUUUUGAACCUCCAUUUGAGUGGCAAACUUAUUUACAUAGGAUAGGUAGAGCUGGAAGAUACGGAUCUUAUGGCACAGCUGUUACUAUAUUAAGUGAAGGGAUUGAACAAAAUAAAUUUAUAAAAUUGUUGCAAUCUGCAAAACUUCCUUUCAAUUUAACUGAUUAUUGGACCAAUGUUAAAUUCUGCUUGAAUGAUGAUAUCUCACAAAACUGCAUAUCUGCUGAUAAAAAUCUGUGUUCAGAAGAGAAAAAUGUUUCAAACCAAAAUGUAAAAGAAAAUUGUACAGAACUAUGGAACACCUUGACAGAGAAUAAUCAAAGAAAUGAUUUUGAAAGUUUUGAGAAUAUUUGUAAAUCGUUUAAUGAAAUGGAAACAGAUAAAAAUAUUGAACCAUUUAGUGAUUUAUUACAAUCAUUUGAAACAAAUCAGCUUAAUACUAUCUGUGAAGAUUACAAAUUUAAUCAGUUAAAUCUUUUACAACCACCAAAUAAUCAUGUUGUUAAACAUAUGGAUGUAUAUAAUAUUAAGGAAAAGUAUUACAACCACAAAAUAGAAUACUCCAAAAGUAAAAAUAACGACUUAAACAUAAACACUGUAGGAAGCAAAAAAGAAACACUUCUAUACAAAGAUAUAAAUUAUACCUCUUCUGAUAAAAACCCACAUAUAGAAAAAACUCUCAAUGAGAUACACACUAAACAUGAUGGUAAUUUAAAAAGAGUUGAAAAUAAUUCAACAGUAACCUUAAUAAGUGAUAAUAAAUAUGUAAAUAACAAAAGAACUGUAGCGCCUAAGACUAUUUAUUUAGAUGGCUGUGAAAAUAUGUAUAACUCAUUAGCUAGUUUUGGUCUUCCAACUGCUUUUUCUAGUUCAAAAAAUCGAAAAAAUCCCACUAAUGAAAAUGUUAUGGAUUUAAAGAAUUCUCAAAAAGUUCAUCAUCAAAGUGAUAAAUAUUAUAACAAUAGAAAAGAUUCAGUAGAAGAGUUUACUAUUAAAGGGAUUGAUCACCCUAAACAACUUUCAAAAAAUGUGAAAUACAAAACAGAAUUAUCUAAAAACAAAAAUAAGUUGCAAGAAUACAGCAAUCAUUUGAUUAAAACACAGUCUCAAUUUACAAGUCACAUGAACAAAGAGAAAAGGGAAAAAAAAUACUGUAAUCAUUCCAAUUUAGAUUCUUCUAAAUGUUAUUACAUUCAAAAAUAUAAUGAUUGGUAUAAUAAAUUAAAAUUAAGAACAAAGCAAGUUGAGAUUAUGGUAUACUUAGAAGAAAUUAGUAAGUUAUAA